AGCAGAUCGCAGUCUUCUUAAAGCUCCCCAGCUUAAACGCACCUUUAUCGUGCACCGUGUAUACAGAAAGAUACCUACGCAAUAAGGACGGCACUGUCUCUGUCGUAUCAAAAGUGUCGCCCCGUUUGUGCGGUUCUACCUGUGCUACUCCGUACACCCCCUGUACCUGCUGCCCGAAGGACUGCCCUUCGUAUGUUGGCGAUGUCUUCCAAACAUGAACUGAAGAAACUCUCGGAAGAAAGCUUAACAAGGCAGCCGGAUGAGGUGUUCGACAUCAUUUGCAAGCUGGGCGAGGGUAGCUAUGGCUCCGUGUACAAGGCACUGCACAAGGAGAGCGAACAGGUGCUUGCCAUCAAGCAGGUCCCCGUCGAUACCGAUCUGCAGGAGAUCAUCAAAGAGAUCUCGAUCAUGCAACAGUGUGACUCACCGUACGUCGUCAAAUACUAUGGCAGUUAUUUCAAAAACACGGAUCUCUGGAUCGUGAUGGAGUACUGUGGCGCUGGCAGUGUGUCCGAUAUAAUGCGGCUACGCAAGAAAACCCUUUCCGAGGACGAAAUCGCAACCAUCCUGAUCGACACACUGAAGGGGCUAGAGUAUUUGCAUCUGCGGCGCAAAAUCCAUCGCGACAUCAAGGCAGGCAACAUACUGCUCAACUCGGAAGGCCAUGCCAAGCUGGCUGAUUUCGGUGUGGCCGGUCAGCUGACGGAUACGAUGGCGAAAAGGAACACGGUAAUUGGCACACCGUUCUGGAUGGCACCGGAGGUAAUCGAGGAGAUCGGGUACGACUGUGUGGCGGAUAUUUGGUCGCUGGGUAUAACGGCGCUCGAGAUGGCGGAAGGGAAACCACCGUACGGGGAUAUACAUCCAAUGCGCGCCAUCUUCAUGAUACCGACGAAGCCACCGCCAUCGUUCCGUGAUCCCGACAUCUGGUCGCCGGAGUUUAUCGAUUUCGUUAGCCUGUGUUUGGUGAAGAAUCCGGAGGAACGUGCUACUGCCACCGAUCUGCUGGCGCAUGAAUUUAUUGGCAAUGCCAAACCGUGCAGCAUACUGAGCCAAAUGAUAGCGGAAGCGAAGGAAAUUCGGGAAAACCAAAGCUACAGACAUGCGGCUGCCAUCAGUCAAGCUAACAAACAGCUGCAGAAUAAUAGUAAUAACGCGAACGGGCACGACGGUGGCGACUCGGACGAUGAGAAUCAGGUAAAUUCGAGGACGAUGAAGGAAUUUCCGGCCGACUGCGGGACGCUGGUGCCGGGCCGUGGAGAUGAAGGUGACGGUACGAUGAUUGCGCACGCAGAUUAUGGUACGCUGGUGCCCGACAAUGGGACGAUGGUGGAGCUGCAAUCAAACCUGGGCACAAUGGUGAUCAAUUCCGAUUCGGAAGAAUCGACUAUGAAAAGACAUGAUACAAAUCCGGACAAACCGAAAUACAGGCCACUGUUUCUAGACCAUUUCGACAAGAAGGAAGCGGAAGCUGCCAGUUUCGGUAAUAGCAAGGUUGCCGCAGUAAACAACCACCACCAUCAUCAUCAACUACAAUCGCCACCAUCCGCGAUGAGUUCGUUUGACGAUGGAUCGCCUUCGGUCGAUAUGCAAGCGGAAGAUUCGCCCGCCUUCAGCCCACAGACGACACCGAUCGCCUCGCCGCAACAACCACACCUUCCACAGCCUUUAGCAACAUCACCACAGCAACCUCAGCCGCAGGUGCAGAAGAUCGUUAGCAAUCUGGUUGCACCGGCGGCUCCCGCAGCGCAAGCCUUUCCAGUCACGCACAGUCCGGUGUCUCCGUCAGCACCGCCGAUGACGCAAAAUUUCCAAGACCACCAGCAGCAACAACAUCAGGCACUGCAAGCGCAGCAGCAACAGCAACAGUUCAAUGAAGAGCGACAACGAUAUCAAUCGCAUCUACAACUGCAAUUGAAUCAAAUCUCCGCCGUUAGUCCCAAUAUGCAUCAGAUGCAGUUUUUGCAACCCACCGCGGCCGAGUAUGAUUCGCUUAAGUUUAUGAACUACGAACAGUUGGAGCAACGAUUGGCCAGCUUAGACAAGGAAAUGGAGAAAGAGCUGGCGGAAACGAAGAAGCGUUACACCUCAAAACGCCAGCCGAUUCUGGAUGCGAUCGAGGCCAAGCAACAGAAGCGACAGCAGAAGCUGGAAGAGUUCUGAGUAGUCGCCAGUGUAAGGGUGAGCGUGGCCAACUCAUCAUGGUUCCGACACGUUGAUGUAUGUACACGAUUCGUUGAUUUUAGUAAUUAGUGCGUAGGCUUAUUUAAUAGGAAUAAUUUCAAACCAAGGCUGGCGUCAUUUAGUUGCAAAUUCCUAUUACUUUUUUAAACAUAUCUACCAACCGUUGGCACAGGGGACAUCCCAUUCCCUGCUAGAGUGAUGCUUAUCGCUAGAAAAUGACGUCUGUUUAUGUAUUUUAGAUGCUUUUGCCGACGAAAUGUAUCCAUUAAACGAUGUAUGUGUUUUGUCUGAUAUUACCUGCAUAAAAGCAAUACUUGCACAAUAAUGUGAACGGAUGGAUGGGUGGUGAACAGAUCUGAUAUUUUAUUUUAACCUUAAAUCCAGCUAAGCGACCAUUCAUCCCCAUCUUUCUGGGGCUCGUUGAUAAGCAUCGAUACAGUAAACUGUUUUUAGAGUGCCGCCGAUUUUACGUUUUCUACAUGUUUGAUCCUCACGUGUCAUGGUCCGUCCCUUGAAGCAAGUGCAAAAACAAUGUCACAUUUGCUCUUUUUGUUAGGUUGACAUUUUUCAGGUUGGUUAAAUUAUAGUGAACGUACAUGCGAAUGAAAUGCAUUAGCUCCGGAUUGAUAAGAAUAAGGAUGAGGUUCUUAUACAGCGAUGCAAUCAUUUAUAUUACGACUUUUAUGUUGCACUGUUAAAGAUGAGUUUGCUUGCAUUAAUCGACCCUAAUGCUGCUUUGGGUGGUCAGUUUUUGAUGCUGGCACCUCACCCCAACCAAAUAAUUUAUUAACAAAUCGUUAAUCGUUAUCACAUGCGUGAGAAUGAGCGAGCAAAAGCGAGAAAACAUAGAACACAGAGUAUGAUUCUAACGAACGUGAAUUAAAAUUACCUUAAAUGAGACAGACCUCAAACUAACCGAGAAGAUUGAUCGUAGAAUACAAUAAUCCUGUAAAACCUAUAACCAGGGAGGAGAAAAUUAUACAUAUAUCCAGCAAGAGCGUCAAUGAGACGAUUAUAUACACACAAAAAACACACAUAACAAGCAACACAACGCAAUUGAAGGACUCAUCGAUCGUAGUUGAUCACACAUUUUAUACAUUAACUAAGCCAUAUACCCUUGGUAUGAUAAUAAACAAGAUUGGCAGUGCUGAACACAGGAGUAAAGGGAUCCAGGAGAACCAGCAUUAGACAUUGGAGGAAAGGCAAAGUCUAGACAACUUACCUUGUUACAUAAACAUUAACGAAAGUGCUAAAAGUGAGAGACCCAAAUGGUAGGUGAUGGAGAACAUAGCAAUGAACAAAAGUGCUACAUUUUAUUCUUUAAACAUAUACAAGUUUAUUGAGAAAUAGUAUCUAUCUACCGCUGCUAGAGAUAUUAUUAAUAGGAAGAUGAUUAAAACGCAUGGCGCAACGGCUAUGCGCGGGAGUUUAAAGGAAUGAUUGAUAAAAAGGAACGCGAUAAUAAACCCAUCGCCCGGGAUACAGGAAUAUGCGAUUAAAAAUUGUAAAGUAGUACGGCGACGCACCAAAUACUGGACAGCAAACACGAACGUAUUAUUACAGCGUUACGUAUUAUUCAACGUAACGCAAACACGCAGAUGAACGAACACCCAAACACAUGAUAAAUAAAGUUGAACUUUAAGGUUGCCAUGCAUUUAUAUUAAAAUCAACU